AUGACCUCUUCCACCACCACGGCCCCACCAAGCGGCCAUGCCAGCGGGGCUGCCUCUCCUGUCCCUCCGCCAGCAGAAGAGGCUCCAACCAGCACCGGCCCAACCAAUCUCAGCAUCUCAGCUCUUGCCUCCCUGUCUAGUCGCCUCUUUCUCUCCCUCCUUUCCUCCAUCCCCUCGUCCAAGACGCUUAUCCUCGACCCCUCCCUCGCAGGUCCCCUGGGAUUGGUCGUGGAUACGGCCAGUCUCAAGUCGGUUGGGGUCGAGAGGAUGUUUUGGAUGCAGGAGGGUGCAUCACCUAGGGAUGCUGAGGAUGAGGCAAGACAGGAGGAGAGGGUGAACGUCAAUGCGCCGACCAAGGCGGUUGUGUAUGUUUGUCGAGCUGAGGAGAGGUGGAUGAGGGUCAUCAAAUCUCACAUCAAUUUCGACCUCUACAACGCCAAGUCAUCAUCCAGCGGUCUAGCACACGACUACCAUGCCCUCCUUACCCCUCAUCGAACCGAGCUUUCCCUCCUCUCCCUCUCCCCAAAUCACCUCCCGCACAUCACCUUGCACGAUUUUGGCCUCGAGCUCGUUCCCCUCGACGGCGACUUGCUCUCCCUCGAAGAACCCUCACUGGCAGGAUGGAGGCCCCUCUAUCUCGAAGGGGACCAAACGGUACUCCAUCGCGCUAGUAUGGCACUCAUGACUUGCCAAAUGGUUUGGGGAUGCUUUCCGCGGAUUUCGGGUAAAGGCGACCUCAGUAGACGAUUAGCAGACUUGCUUGUCAGGCAGAGGAGAGAGCAUCUCGUGGGGGAUCCGGGCAAUCCGAGCCUCAAUGGCGUAAGUGGGCUUAUUGACGGAUUGGUCAUCGUGGAGCGUAGCACGGACUUGGUUACGCCCCUGUGCAACCAAUUGACGUAUGCCGGGUUGGUGGAUGACGUAAUUGGGAUUAAGAGUGGACAUGUCGAGUUCGACGUUGCUGCGGCUGCGGGCGCGUCUGGGCCGAGCAAUACGGCUUCCUCCUCAUCAUCGCCUCUGGUCUCUCCCUCCUCCUCCUCCAAGGGCAAACCCUCUACCCAAGCCAAGAAACAUCGUCUCUCCUCCUCCAACGACCCCCUCUACUCGCACAUUCGCGACCUCAAUUUCUCCAUCGUCGGCUCACGCUUACACGGCUAUGCCGUCCGUCUCUCCACCUCCUAUGAGGACCGACACAGCGCAAAGACGGUCAGCGAGAUGCGCGCCUUCGUUGGUCGUCUUGGAGGGCUACAGAGCGAGCAUGGCAGUCUGAGGCUGCACACGGCGCUUACGGAGAGACUGGUGAGAGAGACAAAUAGCGAGACAUUCAAUCGCUGUCUCGAAGUGCAGCAGAAUCUGGUCGCAGGCCUGGAGAUGGGCGCGCAGUGGGAUCAGAUCGAGCAGAUGGUGGAACAGGGAUUGGUGGGGGUGGAGACGGUGCUUCGGUUGGCGUGCUUGUAUUGCCGAGUAGGAGGUCAGCUGAAGGCCAAGCAGCUGGAAGGGUUCAAGAGGCUAGUGUGCCAGGCAUACGGGUAUGAGCAGCUAGUCACGAUGCUCAGACUGGAGAAGCUGGGAAUGCUCUACGCUACUGCCGGGCCAGCAUCAUCAGCAGCGACGAGCGCAGCUGCGUCGUCGUCGUCGUCAUCUUCGUACUUCGAGCGGGUCCGCCAACCCCUUCGCUUGAUCAACGACGACGUCUCCGAAUCGGAGCCGCAGGACGUGGCCUACGUUUACUCAGGAUACGCGCCGCUGUCCGUGAGGCUCGUGCAGGCCGUGGGUCAGAAGGAGGCGCUCGUAGGGGCAAGAGCAGCCGGCGCUACUACUGGAGCGACAGGUGGCACAAAACAGAAACCGCGGGCCCACCCUCUCGUUGGCUGGCGCGGAUUCGAAGACGUACUCGAGGCCAUCCCCGGUGAGACGUUCGACUUUGCUCAGCAGGCCAAUCCUUCUUCGAGCAACGCCGGUCAUCACAGCGCGGAUGAGGACGUAACUGCCCCUCUAGACUCCGCCAAUGGCACCACUUCAGCGAACGGAUCACGUCGUCCAUCGGCGUCCGACUCAUCUCCCUGGUCAAGUGCUGACCCGGAUCGUCCACGCACAACGAUGGUCUUCUUUAUCGGCGGCUGCACGCAAGCCGAAGUGAGUGCAUUGAGGUUCAUGGGCUCGCAGAGCCGGAACAGAAGGUGGUUGGUGGCCACAACGGGCAUGAUUACGGGGGAAGAGAUGAUGAGGGAAGUGAUGCCAGGAAAGGCAAGGGUAGCAUGA